CGCAGGCUUCCGGUACCCAGCUUCCGGCUCCGGGUCCGGGCCUGGGGCAGAGGCGGAGCCACCGUCCGCCGCGACUUUCAGACUUCCACUAUGGCUACGCGCUGGUGGUGCUGGUGGUGCUGGCGGCGGGGCUGCUCCUGGAGGCCCGCGGCCGGGAGUCCGCGGCCGGAACGCCCUGGCUGUGCGGGGCCGCUCUGGACGCGCGCCGCCUCGGACACCCGCGCGCAGAUGCCCUAUUUUAGCCUAGGGAAAACUUUAACACCUGCCUUCCCAAAUGUGCAUAGGAUAUCACAGUUUCCUCAAAGGACACCAGCAGUGUGCUGUUGUAGUCAAAUACAGAGUGGUGAGAAAUAUGCUGAUCCUUUUAAACUGGGCUGGAGAGACUUGAAAGGUCUGUAUGAAGACAUUAGAAAGGAGCUGUGCAUCUCCACCAAAGAAUUGAAGGACAUGUCCGAAUACUACUUCGAUGGCAAAGGAAAAGCCUUUAGACCUAUUGUUGUGGUGCUAAUGGCCCGAGCAUGUAAUAUUCAUUACAAUAACUCCCGAGAUAUGCAAGCCAGCCAGCGCUCCAUAGCCUUAAUUACAGAAAUGAUCCACACUGCUAGUCUGGUUCAUGAUGACGUUAUUGAUGAUGCAAGUUCUCGAAGAGGCAAACAUACAGUCAAUAAAAUCUGGGGUGAGAAAAAGGCUGUUCUUGCUGGAGAUUUAAUUCUUUCUACAGCAUCCUUAGCUCUGGCACGGAUUGGAAACACAGCUGUUAUAUCUCUUUUCAGCCAAGUUAUUGAAGAUUUGGUGCGUGGUGAAUUUCUUCAGUUAGGGUCGAAAGAAAAUGAGAAUGAAAGGUUUGCCCACUACCUGGAAAAGACCUUCAAGAAGACGGCCAGUCUGAUAGCCAACAGUUGUAAAGCAGUCUCUGUCCUGGGUUGCCCUGACCCAGUGGUGCAUGAGAUUGCCUAUCAGUAUGGGAAAAACGUUGGAAUAGCUUUUCAGCUCAUAGAUGAUGUAUUGGACUUCACCUCAUGUUCUCACCAGAUGGGCAAGCCAACAUCAGCAGACCUGAAGCUAGGCUUAGCCACCGGUCCUGUCUUGUUUGCUUGCCAGCAGUUCCCAGAAAUGAAUGCUAUGAUAAUGAGGCGGUUCAGUGUGCCAGGGGAUGUGGACAGAGCCCGGCAGUACGUCCUACAGAGUGAUGGCGUACAGCAAACCACCUACCUCGCCCAGCGGUACUGCCACGAAGCAGUGAGAGAGAUCAGGAAGCUCAGGCCAUCCACAGAAAGGGAUGCCCUCAUCCAGCUUUCAGAAAGUGUGCUUACAAGAGAUAAAUGACAAUUCUUUUGGUUCUUUCUGGCAGCUAUUUUACCAGACUGUGCCUCAUGAAUUUUGUGAAACCUUGUUUGCUUCAUGUGAAGAUAACCAAAAAUCACUUUAGGAAUUAAUUUCAACCUUACUGAUGGGCAAUUUUUUUUUUUAUUGGCAAAGUUUUCAGAAAACUUUUUAAAUGUAAUUAAACCAGUGUCAUUAUAGUCCUUUAAAUUCUAAUCGAGGUAUCCUGAUGGUUAUGUGUGGUACUGUUUACACUGUUAAUGCCCACAUGGAAAGCCAUUACACAAAUAAAUAAUCAAUGUUAAAAUUGAAGUGGUUUGUCUUUGUGUCAUCAUAGGAUUAAAGG